AUGUAUGAGGGCAAAGGAGAUACAAUACUCACAACCAAUGAAGCUGAAAAUCUUGAUAUUGGCGGAAAAGUUGUGCUGAAGUUAUCUGAAACUUUGCCUGAAGGAGUUAAGUUAUACAUGGACAGAUACUUUACAUCAUUGGAUUUACUGGACAAAUUACGUUCAAAGAAGAUGCAGGCAACAGGUACUCUUAGAAAGGCAAACAUACCUAAAAACUGCAAUUUCAAAACUGACAAUGAGCUGAGAAAACAAGGACGUGGUUCUUCGGAUCAACUCGUUCGCAGUGACGGUAAUGUGGCAUGUCUAAAGUGGUUUGAUAACAAACCAGUAAUAAUGGCAUCAUCUGUUGAUUCCAAAGAACCCAUCAACAAAUGCAGACGUUGGUGUAAAAAAACUAAACAGUAUAUCCAAGUUGACAGACCAUUUGCAAUAGAGCAAUAUAAUACCAUGAUGGGCGGUGUAGAUAUGUUGGACAGGGUCAUCAAUUUUUACAGAAUUAGAGCACGUUCCAAAAAAUGGACUGUUCGUCUGAUUUUGCGGCAGCUGCUGGAUGGCUUGUAUACAGGAAUGAAGCUAAAUUCGAGGGAACAGAUACACAUAAUUCAUGAAGUAGAUUCAGACGACUCAACAGAAGAAGCACAACCUUGGAGCCGUAAAAGAAAAUAUAUACCUCAACCUCCAGUUCAACUGAGGACAGCCAUGGCCGGUCAUUUGCCAUUGAUUGAUGAACAAAAUGACAAUCACAGAUGCCGAAUGCCAGGAUCCAUUGAGAUGGAUAUUUCAAAAAAUACUGCUCUAAUUGAAGCCCUGUUAUUAGAAGAGAUUCCGGACUGUGACGAAGAGUCUGAAGCAGGUGUGUCCGAUGAUGAAGUGGAAAAUAUUCAACAACCUUCACCAAGAGGCUUCGAUGAGGUUUUUGGAAGAGCUCUAGAAAAUAUUUGA